GGAAUGGGAUGUCCGUUGUACACCGACCAUCUACCAUCUGCGAUAGCUCAGUCUUCCAGUGGAUGACGCGUGCUCCGCAUGCUGAUCGUGCCAAUCCGUGUGCUAUAAUAAAUCCAGCAUAAUGCAUUGAGUCGCCGCUGGCCGCUCGCCGCCUGCUCGUUGGCCAAGCUAAUCUUCCAGAGAUCCCGACUGUGUUUAUGGAACUAAGAAGUCGUAAAAAAAGCAUUGAAAUGAGCUAGACCACAAUGUGUCACCGCCACUGCUGCCCAACUCCACUGCCCAAGGGUAUAAAUAGAGGGAACUGCGUAGAUGGACUGUCCAGUUCUGACUGUGAUUCGAAAUAGAAGCAAGAUGAGUGCUCUUUAUUGCCUAUACGCCAUUCUAACUUUGCUGAUUGCCUGCUGCCUGGCGUCGAGUGGCGCUCUGUUCUUCAAGUCCUGGAAGUCGGGGACAGGAUAUGGUGGAUAUAGUGGAGUACAGAACUACGGGGGCAGUGGCUAUGGCAGCGCAGGCUAUGGGAACUACGGCUAUGGAAACUAUGCUGGAGGAUAUGGUUACAACUAUCCUUCGUAUCCUGCAUAUAGCUCCUACUCUUACCCAACCUACUCAGGCUACUCCUCUUACUCUCACCCCAAGGGAGGACGCAAGCCUUCCGGACACCGCCAAGGACGCACUUACAAGGAUAUAGCGAGAGUUAUAAACCCAGUGCCAUACAUCGGUCCUGGAGGCAGUCGUUUCCUGCCCCGAGCUCCCUUUUCGCCCCUUUGGGGUUAAGCAAUUGCCCAUCUGAACCCGCAUUGUUGCCAGCAGUAUUAAUCAUUAAAAUAAAAUCAGCGAAAGUUACAUCUAAACACAGGUUGUUAAUUAUUUAAAGCACUUUAAGCCCGCUACUUGUGCGUACGUGUUUAUUAAUCUACGAUCAACUGAUUUAUGAUCACUGGCCCGCAUUUGCGGAGCAGUCGCGUUCAGUGGAUCGUCGGAACGUGAUGGUAAUUGAAAUGAAAUGGAGGCGCGACAUCAUCACUCAGGGAAAGACGCUGGUGGGGAUUGGGACAGUGGGGUAGUGGGGUAAGGUCCCUGAUCCCACAGCAAGGGAUUUCUUCGGGGGAAUUCCUUACAAUAUGUAUUAUGCACGACAGAAUAUUCUGUACUCCUAUGGCUUACGAAUACUUUAAUAAUCUACUAAUAAGUUCCGUUG